UCCAUUGCACCUCAACUAAGCUCUCCUCUCUCCCUCUCCCCACAUCUACAAGUCCAACUGCCUCUUACCCCUUCCCUUGCGCCCCCAGCUAAGAAUUCCAACCCGCCAUCUUUCUUCCUUCCAAGUGCAAGUCAUCAUCAUGGAGGAGUUCAUGAAUUCUAAGGAGCGUGGGGCGCUUCCACCACGACCUCCGACGCUUGCCAUGCACGACAACUCACAUGCGAUCACGAAGUUGAAGCCAAAGAUAAGAAUCGUACACAUAUUUGCGCCGGAGAUAAUAAAGACCGACGCUGCCAAUUUCCGGGAGCUCGUGCAGAGGCUCACCGGGAAGCCCACAAAGAGAACUGGCGCUAAGACGAAGAAGAAGAGGAUUGAUGGAGAGGCAGUGCCAAGGUGCAAGCGAUUUGAGGUGGUGGGAUCUCGGCAGGAGCAUGAGGAUUCCGGGUGUCGAGAAGUAGUGAAGAGGGAGGUGGGUGAGGAGAACGUGGAGAGGGAGUUGUGGGUGGAGAGCAGCUCAGGUUAUACUGGUUUCCUUCGCGACAUGGGAGAAAUGGAUCAUGGUCUUCUCCAAGGUCUCGGUGAUCUUCCUUUGCUUCCUUUAAGUUCGUCUCACAUGGAUGUGAUUGGUGAGGCAACCGUUCCGUAGGAAAAAGUUGGAACAGUGGGAGAGUCUGGAUCACGUAUUUGCUUCUCUCUAGCUCUUCUUCUUUUAAUGGUUUAGGAUUGGGCUUCGAAUUAAUACAAGGGAAAUAUGGGUAGCUUUUCGUUUAAUUUCUCUUUUCUUUUCUUGGAUUGUAAAUCU